AUGGGUUACGUAUUGAGAGUGAGAUUGGCUUCAUUCUUUGCUGGAGCAGCAACUGCAUCUUUUGCAGGAAUCUAUUUACUUUACAAGGAUUUCAAGGUUGCCCAUGAUGCCAUCUCUCAACAGGUGGAAAGCGUUCACGAGUCAUUGGAUAGACGGAUCUCUGCAUUGGAAAAAUUGAAACAAAAUGAAGCUUCACAACCUCUGCAAGCAACGGAGUAG